AUGAUCGGACGCAACUACAGCAAGUUUUUACACGGCUUUUUCUGUGCCUUUGUGUGUCUGUUUCUCAUUAAUCUUCUCUGUACGCUUCAUUUUGCCUUCCCCAAGCGACUAGUUACAUUCUCUCUCAUGCAAUUUUCGCCCAUACAAUCAUCUGUCCAACACAAACAAUGUGACGUUCCAGUAAGUUGUCAAGGUUUACAAGAAAGAUUUAUCGACACAACCGGUGAAUUUCAUGCGCUUGACGCCCAAUUAGAAGUGGGCAUUUACAGCGUCUUUCUGGAUAAACGGAAAAGUGACAAUAUCACGGAGAAACGUUCAGCCAGUGGACACAGGAAUGGCGUUCUUAGAAUUUUCUUGGCAAAAAGAAGAAUUCCUUCACCGAAACUGUACUGUCAUUUCAUCGGAACCAAUGGAGAAGUGCGAACUGUUGCCUCACGCAACUUACUGGGGCGCCUGGCCAUAGACAUCGAGCUCAUUCCGCUUAUAUGGUCCGAUGAUCCGGAUAUAAUCAGCAGGCGUUCCUGGUACUACUUCCAAAUAAUCACUGUCAAUGACUGUCUCUAUCGAAGUAUGCGUGAUGUGGAUUUUGUUUUCUUUGGUGAUAUAGAUGAAAUUCUGGUGCCCGUAAGCCCCACAGCCGCGGACUGGGGCACCUUGACGGAUUACUUCUGGGGCACGUCUUCGCAUAACCUCACCCGCCCAGGUUACUGUUUCGACUCGGCCAUCUUUCCUACCCAGGACACCGAGGACUUUGAACGACCCUUCCACCGAGACUAUACCAGGCGAGUUGAGAAACUGGACAUCCUGCGCCGGAAGUGUCUAGUCCGGCCUUUGUGGAUUUUUGAAAUGGGCAUACAUCAUAUUAGCAAACCCUACGAAGAGUCUACAGCUGUGGCCCUCAAUGUGGGAGCUGAACACUCCGAAAUGGCAAUUGUGCAUCACUAUCGGAAAGGGGACAUUGAUAGUAAAGAAAGGACUAUUGAGGACAAAUCGCUCGAAAUAUUUCUUCCGUAA